GGAUCAACACAAUGGAGGAACAGUUUCAGUUAGUAGCCAGGCGUGCAACCGGAACGACGACACUCCGAAAGUUAGAUGUCACGAGAUUUUCCUGAAGGAAACAGUCGAUUUUUUAAAUUUUACAAAAUGGAUUUUAAUCUAACUAGUGAAAGAGAAGGUGUGUUUGCGGAAAUGAGGAAACCUUCAUAUUGAAAAGAAACUCUGCGGAUCUAUCCGGCAUGGACUCGAAUGAGUCCACAGAAUCUCCUCUAUGGACCUACAUCCACGAAAACAGAGGUCCUCAACAGCAACCUUUCGAGAUGGCCGUCCCUCUAACAGUCGUAAAUGUGUUGAUAUUUGUCUCUGGUCUGCUUGGAAAUACCGCUGUAUGCAUUGUAAUCAUCAAGCAUCGUUCGCUGCACACCGCAACAAAUUAUUAUUUAUUUAAUUUAGCUGUCAGCGACUUGACUCUUUUGAUAUUCGGUCUUCCCAACGACGUCGCGCUUUAUUGGCAUCAAUAUCCGUGGACUCUGGGUGACGGCUUUUGUAAGCUGAGGGCUCUUCUCUCAGAAAUGGCAUCUUACGUCUCAGUGCUUACGAUUGUGGCUUUUUCAACGGAACGAUACCUUGCCAUAUGCCAUCCUCUGUACUUGCAUACGAUGUCUGGUUUGCAAAGAGCCGUAAGAAUCAUAGUCUGUUUAUGGCUCAUCUCCUUUUUCAGCGCUCUACCGUUUUCGUUAUACACGGAAGUAGACUAUUUGUUUUAUCCUGAAAAUUCGACAAAUAUUGUGCCGGAGACUGCGUUUUGUGGGAUGAUGUCCCAGCCGGAAGGAGUCCCCAUGACCGAAAUAAGCACUUUGGUAUUUUUCAUUAUUCCGAUGUUCGCAAUAGCUGUGCAAUAUACCAAAAUGGGACUAGAAAUAUCCAAAACCACUAAAAAGACUCUGGGGAAGGGUUUAAAAGGUUCUGUCCAUAGGGAUAGCAGAAAAACACAGUCCAACAGAAGUGUAAUCAGGAUGCUGAGUGCAGUGGUGAUUGGCUUUUUCGUCUGCUGGGCUCCAUUUCAUGCUCAACGCUUAUUGGUUAUCUAUGGCGCUGAUUAUCGCGAAGUGAACACUUGGAUGUUUUUUAUAACAGGAAUACUUUAUUACUUCUCUUCAACUUUAAAUCCAAUUCUCUACAACAUAAUGUCCGACCGAAUGAGGAGUGCAUUCAAAGAAGUUCUUUGCGGAGUCAAACGGAAGAGGAAUAAAAAGCGCAAUUCGACCUUUCGAGAUACAUAUUCGCGUUCGUACAAUAUAAGAAUCCAAAAAUCCCCUAGCCGAAUUGAAACAAUUAUCGAUGAGAUUGACGAGGACAAAAUUAAUUUAAUGAACAAAGAAAUUGUGUCGGUGUCAAUUCCAGAUACUGAAAGCACGCUGAUUUAUGAAAUUCGUUAUAAAGCCAAAGAAGCCGGGAGCAACAACGAGACCCCGAUGUAAAAAAAAUUGGAAUUAUAAACCAAUUUGUUCGGACGGUUAAAAUCAGCCGAAAUUAAGUUAACGUGGCUCAAAGGACUUAUUUCAGCGUCAAGACUUUCAUUGUGUAAAGGUACCUGUGUUCUGUGUUCCAAGACUAAUGUGCAACUCGUAAUUUUAACUCGAAUGAUGUAAGUCAAGAUAUUUUUCUGUGAUCUAUGGUAAUUAUUGUAUACCUACAUUAAAGCUGUAAGAAAAUGGUAUUAAUAAAUAUUUAAACUGUUGUAAAAACUAAAAA